AUGAAAUUUAUAGUGCUAUUGUUUUUUACUGAGGCAUUUGCUCAAGAAAAAGUAGAAGGAGUUUCAGAUUUACACUCCCUUAAUUACAGAAAAACUUCAGAAAUAAUAAAAGAAAAUUAUAAAUUAAAAAGCUGGUAUAGUCAUUCUAAUUAUGAUAAAUAUAAAAUAAAUAAAUCAGUUAUAAUUGAUUUUGAAUAAAAGAGUUAGACUACUUUAUUAUGGGGUUUUAUAACGGACUUCAAGAAAAUCCUUAUAGCCCUUCUAAUUGUAUCAAAAGUAUCCCUGCAAUUACAAGCGCAUAUGAUACCUUUUCAACUGCAUAUUCAACUGGAGAAUCAUUUAGUGUCCAGCUGCAUGCAUUCAAAGGGGUGUCAAAUGCAUUUACCUCAACAAUUUCUAUUUGCAAUUUUAAUGCUCUUAUUACAGAUAUCGCUGGAACCUUUCAAAUUUCAACCUUAAAAGAACUGGGAAUAGCUGUGCUGACAAAUGUUUAUUUAUAUGGAUAUUUGAUUAGACAAAUCAUAAUUGCUUAUUUGAAUUUUAUGUAUUAUGAUCAAGGAUAUUAUGUUGGGAAGCUACUUUCAGCAUCGAUAUAAUAAAAUGGCAUCAUAUCGUCCCUUGUGCCUUUUGGGCACAAGUUACUAUCUAUACUGAUGGCAAGUUUUGUAUUUUCCCAAGUCUGGGAUGCAAAGCUUGCCCAGUAUACUUGUGUCCAAAAGGGCACGAGGGAUGAUAAAUUAGUUGAAGUGAAGGAAGAAUGUGAAAGAAAAGAAUUUACCUGCCAAGGCGAUAAUCAUUAAAUAAAGCAAUUUUCAACAUCUUACAGCUUUUAUCUUUUAAAAAUUACCACUUAAAUAUGCUUAUUUAAUUAUAAAACUAUAAAUUAUUUUCCUAUUAAAUUCUUGACACCAGCCAUUAGUCUUUUAUAAUAAUUAUUUUCAGAUAUUAUAA